CCGGCUUUUGAUUGGCGUACGCACGCGCAGAGUGAAGAUGGCGGUCGUGAAGUAGAAAUAAUCUUUGGGUGGAUGUUUACCUUUUUAUUAGUGAAAUAUGUGAAUUUUCAAUAAUUACAGUGCCGUUGAGUGAAAAAAUAAUUCAAUAAAUUAUUUUAGAACCAAUAUAUGGCUUCAUAGCCACGGAUUGCUCGUUUUUGGUGAAAUAUGUGAAUUAUUUUCCAUACGUGAUCUUCUGUGUGUCAAUCAUGGCCGCCUGGAAACCCCACGUAAAUAGGCUACAGAAAUAGUUUUUUCGAAAGAUAUACCUGAAUUUUGAGUGUAUUACGUGGAUUUUCAUAUUCUGAAUUAUUAGAACAGUGCAUUGUUAUAGACAUUAACUAGAAAAUGGCAGAACCAUCGAAGACUGGUGUACCAAGAAUUAUGGUGUUUCGACCUACGUGGGAAGAAUUUAAAGAUUUCUCCAAGUGCAUAAAACACAUGGAAUCUAAAGGGGCUCAUAAAGCUGGAUUGGCAAAGGUAAUUCCCCCACCAGAAUGGGUUCCCAGAAAGGGUGGAUAUGAUGUAGAUAAUCUUAGUGUUGUUAUCCCAGCUCCCAUCUGUCAAGUGGUCACAGGUAAACAGGGCCUAUACCAACAGAUCAACAUUCAAAAGAAACAAAUGACUGUAAAGCAGUAUAAAGAUUUGGCAAAUUCUGAAAGAUAUGCUACUCCUAAACACUUUGAUUACGAAGAUCUUGAGAGGAAGUAUUGGAAGAAUAUCACCUAUGUUGCUCCCAUUUAUGGAGCUGAUGUUUCUGGAAGUUUGACAGAUGAUGAUGUUAAUGAAUGGAACAUAAAUAGACUGGGAACCAUUCUGGAUUAUGUAAAUGAAGAUUAUGGCAUUUCCAUUGAAGGAGUAAAUACUGCAUAUCUGUACUUUGGCAUGUGGAAAACUACUUUUGCUUGGCACACUGAGGAUAUGGACCUGUAUUCUAUUAACUACUUACACUUUGGUGCUCCAAAAACAUGGUAUUCCAUUCCACCAGAGCAUGGGAGAAGGUUAGAAAGGCUGGCAAAUGGAUUUUUUCCAGGUUCAUAUAAAACAUGUCAGGCUUUUUUGAGGCAUAAAAUGACAUUGAUAUCACCACAGAUCCUGAAACAGUAUUCCAUACCAUACAAUAAGAUUACACAAGAAGCUGGGGAAAUAAUGAUAACAUUUCCAUAUGGAUAUCAUGCAGGUUUCAACCAUGGCUUCAACUGUGCAGAAUCUACAAACUUUGCUCAAGAAAGGUGGGUAGAAUAUGGAAAAAGAGCAUCACAAUGCACAUGUAGCAAAGAUAUGGUCAAGAUUUCUAUGGACACGUUUGUUAAGAGAUUUCAACCUGAUAGAUAUGAAAAUUGGUUGAAAGGUGAAGAUGUUGGCCCUCAUCCAGAAGAACCAGAUAGAAAAGUUGCAGCACCCUUGCCAUUGCCCCAGGAUAUUCUGUGCAAUAAAAAUAAUCUGACUUUGCCACAGAGCUAUAUGGAAGGUAAAAAGGUUAAGAAGGGCAAGAUGGCAGCAUUCAACCAAUUCAAUCUCACUGAAUUUCCACCUGCUUUACAAAUGGAACUGAUGCAAGAAGACCAGAUGGAAUUUCCCACAGAUGAUAUUCCUCCUGAUGAGCAACAGUUGGAGGUUUUAGAAGAUAUUUGGCUCAAAGCUGGAGAAAUUGAGGCAGAAGAUGCGUCAGUUUGUGAUGCAGGUUAUAACAUAAAGAAGAGCAGGAAGUACUUCCAGAAGAAGAAGAAAAAGAAGGAUGAGAAGGACAAGGAUAAAGAAAAAGAGAAAAAGAAGCGGAAGGCAGAAGACUCAGAAACUGGAAUUAAGAGAGAGUAUGACGAUGAGCUUACUGGGCUUUAUUCUGAAUGUGAUAGGAAAGAUAAAAAGGUCUGUGGUAAAAUUGUGAAACCAAUAGAAGAUGAACAUUUUGAAGAUGCUGCGGCUCACCUGAUGAAGUCAUUGCUUGCAGAUGAUUUGUUGAUAAAUAAAACUAAGGUGAAGAAAGAGAAAAACAGCGGCGAAAAGAAAAUUAAAAAACUCAAAGAACCAAAACCCGCCACGUCUACAUCCGCAAUCAGUUCAACAUCCAACGGAUCACAACUUUUGGAGGACGACAGUCAGAAUGAGGUGAAGAAAGAAAUAGACGACAUUAUCCGAGCAGCGGCGGAAGAACACGAGAAGAGUGUCCGAUUGCAGCAAACUACUUCCGUUUUUGAUACUAAAAUCGAAAGUGGUAAUGGUGGUGAGGAAAACAAAAAUAAGUUGGAUUUGAAGACGUAUCGUAGACCUAAACAAGAUAUGGCAGCAAGUAGUAGUAUGGGCAAAGUGCAAACUAUAAAAACCUCCAGAGGCAUAAUAACAGUGGUUGGAUCUUCAGCACCAGUAAUAACCAAACCAAAAAUACCCGAAUAUUUGCCUGACACCAGUGUCAAAAUAACACCGGUUGUACCACCCGUCAAAACGAAUUAUGAAAAUGCUUUCUUGAACUUCCUCAAAAAUAAAGAUGGGACAUCUGAAAAAGUCAAGGGCAAAGGAGCAUCAGCCGGUCCUGCUGCGGCUCGCAGGAAGUCUCAACCAAAACCGCCAACACCCAAAGUACAAGUAUCCGCUAGUCCAGGGAAUUGUAGUCCACGAAGUAGCUCACUGUCGUUAAAUAGUACAAAGCUUAGUAAUAGUUCAAGAGCUUCCACGCCAGAAUCUCCUAAAAAAUCGAUAUUGCAUCAUACUUUUUCUGCUAAUAUGUCGCCGUUGUUGAAUAAUCUGAUAGAACAACAGACGGGCGUUAGAAUAGAGAGAGUUCAAGCGCCGAGUACUAGCACAGAAACUGUUAGACAACAUCUUCAGACAAAUCAUAGCAACGUGGAGUAUCAAGAUAGCAUUUUGGAACAAAUUAUUGGAAACAUUGGUGGACAGGAGGAUUGCACAAAUUACAUCACGACUAACAACACAGAUGUAAACCUCCAGCAUACAAGUGGCGGUGUCAUUGGACAGCACUUUGGUGCAGUGUAUAACACACUGGACCAACAAAAUAUUCAAACUGUAAAUAGAAUGCCAGAACUGACACCGCCAGAACCGUCCAAUUCCGGAGUGGAACAUGACCAAAUGCCCCAAUUGGCAGUUCAAGGUGACACAUUCAUCACUGCUACUGACUCUCCUCCCAACAAUUAUAACCCCAGCAUGUUGUGGAAUAGCCAGAAGUAUUUCACUGUGAACAGUUGCUCGAAAAUGAUCUAUGACAAUCCUGAUAGAUUCUAUCCUAUGUCGUAUGCGCCUAUCACGUUGGAUAUCGAAGACAAUAAAAAAGUCGUAGUAGAAAACAUACCCGAAGAUGUAUCAGUCAAUAUCACAUCAUUAGAAGAAUGUAAUUUUCAACACAUAGGUCUUGAACUCGAAGUUACAGGACAGAAAGAACUCGACUCGGAUUCUAGUGAUUCGUCGAGUGAUAGCAGCGACGAUGAUAGCAAUGGUAGUGGCUCAAAUUUCUCAGAUGAAGAACAUCAAAAAAAUAUUUCAAAGAAAGUAGAUAACGAAGAGGUUGAUGUUGUUACUGUAGAUAAAGAAAACGUACGGAGUAAUUUGAAGAAGAAGCAGUGUUCGAAGUAUCCAGCAUUGGCUAAGGCGAAGAACAGGAGGCGGAAUCAAACAGCGUCCACUGCCCUGAAAUCUACGAUGAAACAAGCAAUUGGGAAGCAAAAAUCUAGGAGGUGUUUAUCCGAGAUUACUGUAGGCGCGAAGAAAAGUCGGCGUCUGCCAAAAUCGAAUCUGUCCGUCGUCCGCGAGAUGUUGCAGGAUUUCAAGCGUCGCUUCGACUUCUCCCCCUCCACCGUUCCUCAAGCUGCUUCCGAUCCGAAGGCUCCCCUUAGCAAAUAUUUACGUUAUAAAAAAGCAAACUUUACUCCGUUAGAAUGCCGCGUUGCGUGCGUCGAUGUGUUGAAGAACUUCAGCAAAGACGUACAAGAGUACCUGUUGUCCGGCCUGACUUUGUUCAACGUCAGCUCAGUGCCACUACAGGAAAAAGUUGGAAGUAUUAAGGGCAGGCAUACCGGAAGGCAGAAACAGUCUGCCGACAAGAAAGCGCUUAUAAAAGUUGGCGACACAGUAUGGGCGCGCCAUAAGAAUCACCGUUACUACACAGCCACGGUGACUGAAUUGAAAAAGGAGAACAGGUUGUGCGUAUUCUUCCCCCUGGAUCAAAGCUUCUCCAAGGAUAUUCGGGAGAGCGACAUCGUCGAUUUCGACCAGCUGCGUGAACCGCCCUCUGUCGGCCAACGUCUACAGAUAAGAUGGGUUGACGGAUAUGUAUAUGAUGCUGAUUAUAUCGGCAAGCUGGAGAAAUAUAUUUACACGGUGAUAUUUGAGGACCUAUCAAAAUGCGUGUUACAAAGGGAACACGUGUUUAGUCUGAAGGAAAGUAUACCUAAACGCAUACUUGGCAAGUUGGUGAGUAGUACACAAGGAAAAAGAAGGAGAAAAUGAAAAUCAUAUGCAAGUGAUAUGAAAAACAGAGAGCAUCUCUAUGACUUAGAACGACAGCUUCCUGAGAAAAGGCCGGUUAAGCGAAAAAUCUAUGAGGAAGAUUAGUUUUUAAUUAAAAUUUUAAAUUCUUUUUACUAUAAUUUUGUUCAAGACUGAUGUUAAGAUUAUAUUUUGCGGUAAUCGUUCUUUCGUUUUCGGUUCAUAGUGUGAAUUAUCUUUUUUGUGAUUUUUGAAUACAUAUUUUUAGUGGUCUCUUUAUAGGUAAAUUGUGUAUCACAAUUUAUUGAUGCCUUUUUGUAGAUUAGGUUUGUGAUGUAUUUAUUAUAGGUGAUGUGUAAAUACAAAGAUUUAUUACCCUGAAUAAUGAAUUUGCUUCACCCUGUAAAAAUCUUGAAUUGUAAGAUAAACUCUAAUUACAAAAGUAUUAAACAAAUGUUCAC